GCUAAUAAGGCGAAUACAUAAGGAGCUAAUUUUGGGGGGUGAUUAGACUCAGUUCCCCCAGAAGGACACAUGCUGCCCAUUCUCUCAAAACACUGCUGUCUAAAAACAAAAGACAGAAAAACAAAUUAUGCACUGAAAAGAAAAGAGAAUGUCAGAAUAAUCUAUGUACUAUGAUCUGGCCAAAUAGUUCUCCACUUUCAGAGAUAUAUAGCAGAGAAAAUCCUAACCAAGUACUGGCCCAGUGAUAAAAAAGCUGGUAGUUUGAAAUAGGAAGACAAAAACAGAACGCUGGGAAUCCAAAGAAGAUUUCAACAGGGAAUAAGACAGAUGUGUGGCUUGUUGUCAAGUGUUGCAUAGCCUAUAUAAACUGUAACGCUAAUAAAGCCAUUUGAAUUGCAUUAUUAUUGUAAUCAUUAAUAUUCACAACGUGUAAUUGAUAUCCAGUGUGUCUACUACAAGCGGAAUGUUUUUCCCAUGAAGAUAAUAUUGUAAUGUAAAAAAAUAUAAGUUACUUCCACCACCAAUCACGCCACAAUAGCAAAGAAAGUAAGGAAAAGCACCAGCAGGGGGCAAUCACACACUUCCGCUGCUGCUCCGAGCCUCAAGAGGAGGAAGAAGAAGGAAGCGGUAGGUACAAACCGAAAACAAAACAGCGAAAUGUUCGGGAAAAUUAAACCUGUCAAAAUUAGGAGUUACAGUGAAAACAGGAAAUACGGAAUUGCCGCAAAAGAUGUGAAGGAACUACUGAAGAAGGCCUGCAAUUUGCUACAGGUGCCACUCUCUGGUGCACGUGUUUGCUUGUAUGAGGACGGGACAAUAGUGACGGAGGAAUUCUUCCCAACUUUGGCGGAUAACACCGAAUUGGUUCUUCUAUCUAAAGGGCAGACGUGGAGUGGAGUUGUGUGCGACAUCAGUCAGCUACUCAACACAGACCGGCAUGCCGACAGCCUCAUUGAAGCAGCGAAGGGGCUCCUCUCCGAUGAGAAAUCUUCAAAGAGGCGUAAAAUCCUGACAGACCUGUUACAGAACCUGGAGGAUAGGUCGGAGCUGGAGAGCAGAGAGGAGGAUGAAGACUGGUUCCAAGGUGUUGAUUCUCGAUUUAAAACAAAGUCUGCCUACAUGAAGUACAACUGUGAAAGCAGGAUACGCGGUUACUUGAAAGAGCUGGAUGAUGCCACCAAAUCCAUACAGAAAGCAAAAGUGAGGGCAGAGUUUUUGAAAACCUCACAGAGCCUCGCAGAAAUGCUGAAAACAGCCAAGUGUAAUGGCUGCUACUUUGACAGGACUGAAAAGCAACCAGAUCGCCUUUGUACUCAGGAGGGAUGGUUCACCUGCCAGGGAUCAUUUGAUGAGAAAGUGUGCAAAUCUCUUCACUCUAUCAACCCCUAUGGAAGCCGCGAGGGCAGGAUUGUCUUCAGCACUUGGAAUUUGGACCACAGGAUUGAAAAGAAGAGGACAGUUAUUCCCGCUCUGCUGGAAGCUCUGCAGAAUCACAGGAGCACUGACAUCAACCUGAACUACUUCUACCAACUCCUGUUCACGAGGGAAAACCUGAAGCUGGUCCACAUCGUCUGCCACAAAAAAGGAGCUCACAACCUGCAGUGUGACACCAAGAAGAUCUAUAAUAAUGCCACCAAGGAUCUAAAAGCAAAACAGAAGCCCAAAGUAAAGAAAAGGCGCAUGACUUGA